CCAAUAAUAUAUCCAUUCCACCUGGUGGUCUUCUCUCCAUUGAAUUCAUGAUAGUGAGAGAAACGAUUACUGAACUCAUCAUACUCUUCUUCUCUUCUCUCCUCUCCAUUACAGAAACAGAAACAGAGACAUUAUAGAAUUCACAAAGAGGACAACAAAAUACCAAAAAUUCUCAAACAUCCACAUGGGCUCCAUGUCUAUGAGAUUCAUCACCCACCAAUCCUUCCUCUCCACCGUCCGAUCCGGCGACCUCGAAUCUGUGAAAACCAUCAUCGAGAAUGAAGGGGAUGAUCAAGCUUCGGUCUCCGCUCUAAUGGUGUUGCAGAAUGAUGAGGGUAAAACUGCUCUGCACUUGGCCGCAGAGAAUAACUUCCAAGAGAUUUUCAGCUACUUGCUCAAAUUCUGUGAUCUACAGAGCCUCAUGAUCAGGUCCAAGUCUGAUAUGGAUCCGUUUCAUGUUGCAGCUCAAAAGGGUCACUUGGGGAUUGUGAAGGAACUUUUGGGGUUGUGGCCUGAGCUUUGUAGGUCAUGCAACUCUUCGAACACAAGCCCCCUUUAUUCAGCUGCCAUGCAGGACCACUUGGACGUAGUGAAUGCCAUAUUAGAUGCAGAUGCCAGCUCGAUAAAGAUAGUGAGGAAAAAUGGAAAAACUUCGUUGCACAUGACCGCGAGACAUGGCUACCUUCAAGUGGUAAAAGCACUUAUAGAGAGAGAUCCGGGAAUUGUUCCCAUCAAAGACAAGAAGGGCCAAACUGCACUCCAUAUGGCUGUAAAAGGUAAGGAUACUUCAGUAGUAGAGGAAAUUUUGCACGCCGAUUGCUCAAUACUGAAUGAACGUGACAAAAAGGGCAAUACAGCUCUGCAUAUGGCCACAAGGAAAGGUCGUUCGCAGAUAGUGAGCCUUCUGCUGAGCUUUACAUCCGUUGAUGUCAAUGCCAUUAAUAAUCAGUUUGAAACAGCAAUGGAUUUAGCUGAUAAACUCCAGUAUGGAGAACCGGCAUUGGAAAUUAAGGAAGCUCUAGCGGAGGUUGGUGCCAAGCAUGCUAGGCAUGUUGGCCGAGUGGAUGAAACAAUGGAACUCAAAAGGACAGUGAGUGAUAUAAAGCAUGAAGUGCACUCUCAACUCAUUCAAAACGAGAAAACCAACAGACGAGUUUCUGGGAUCGCUAAAGAACUCAAGAAAAUUCACAGGGAAGCUGUCCAAAAUACCGUUAAUUCCGUGACGGUUGUUGCUGUUUUAUUUGCCUCCAUAGCUUUCUUGGCUAUAUUCAACUUGCCUGGCCAGUAUCUAAUGGAUGGAUCAUCUGAAACCGGGAAGGCUUACAUAGCUGGCACUGCUGCAUUCCGAGUGUUCUGCCUCUUGAACGCGACAUCCCUCUUCAUAUCUUUAGCUGUCGUCGUGGUUCAGAUCACUCUGGUUGCUUGGGACACAAAGGCACAAAAAAAGGUGGUUUCGGUAAUCAACAAGCUAAUGUGGGUUGCCUGCAUCAGCACUUUAGGAGCUUUCCUGUCGAUUGCAUUUGCAGUCGUGGGAAAACGAAGCUUGUGGAUGGCCAUUACUAUUACCGCAGUGGGAACACCAAUUCUUUUGGGGACUCUUGCUUACUUGUGUUACUUUGUUUUCCGGCAACAUUUUGGGAUGUUCGGCAAUGAUUCUCAAAGACGCAUAAGAAGAGCAAGUGGAAGCAAAUCUUUCUCAUGGACUUACUCUGCUAAUAUCUCGGACCUCGAGGACUAUCAGUCUGACUAUGAGAAGAUAUAUGCACUGUGACAUUAUAUCACAACAAUCAACAUGCAGAUAAGAGUAUGGGAAAAGCAUUAUUAAACUGUAUUAGUCCAUAAAGGCAGCACAAGUUGCUCCCCCGGGCUUCAGCAUUAUGCAGGUGUUUUUGUUUUGAUGUUGUUGAAAGCAUAUUUGGUUUCUUGUGAUCUUCAUAAGAAACGCAGAUUAAAAGAUGUAGAUUUUUUGUAUUAUACAUUAUUAUGUAAACAUGUUGCAAGAAAUAGGGUUCUUGUAUAUGCGUAUGUAAACAUGUCACUUUGUAGGUUUUAGUUGAUGACUUGCUCGGCACUUGGUAUCA